AUGGUAAUGAUCGUCAUCAUGGUCGGUGCCAGUGCCCUUGGCAGCAAGCUAUUCGCAGUCGGCCUCUACAAUUUCCACAGAUCACAAGUGGCCUACAGAGAAGAGCUGCGCGCCUCUGUGCGGAGUCUUGCAGAACUCUACGCUGAGGAGAUCUCUCGGCAGAUUCGCGCCUCCACCCGCUCUCUCGAAGCUCUGCAGGCAGCCGUAAAGAUCGACUCUGCGGGAAUGACGGAGAAGCACUUUGACGACCUCGCCCAGUCCUUGAUCGGGUCGAUCAUGGGCAUAUCAGCUUUGGGGCUGGCCCCUGGCGCAUGUCUGACGAAGAUGUAUCCUCCUGACAAGUUCGUACCGGACGGGUCGGGUGACCUUCUCCUUCACCCCGAUAGGGGCCCGCAAGCGACUGAAGCCAUCCUUGCUAGGACAACUUACAUCGACGACGCCUACCAAUCCGCCGAGUGGCCAGAUCACCCAAGUCACCCAAGCGACCUGCAUGGCAGCUCUGGGCACCAACCAGACUUCGUAGCACGGAGGCCGAUUUUUACAUCCUAUGCCCCGGUGUACAUGCCGGACAGCUGGAUGGUGUAUCAGGGACGAAACUACACGAGGCGGUGCUCCGGCACGGACUACCCUGCCGAGAUUCCGAACUGCUAUUUUCCCGGUCCACCGGAUGUGCAUGGAGAUGCCACUUACUUUUGGGGCUUUGCGGUGAUGUCCGUGAGUUUCGAGGACUUGCUCAGGACCAUCAGCCUUGAAGACUUGGAGAGAGGUGUUCACCGAGUAGCAGGCUUCACGCGGUUCGCAUACCAGUUGUCCAGCGAAGCUACAACAGCCGACAGAGAAGCGCUGAGAAAAUGGCCGCACUCUAACAGCAGUCUUGGUGCAGACCCAGAGUCCUUCUCCAUCGUGGUGCCGGAACUCUCCCUCCGCUGGAAGCUGGCCCUCUCUCCACUCGAUGGUUGGAAGGUCGCCGAUCCGAACCUUACCUACGUGCUGCUGCUCCUGCCCCUCUCAGCACUGAUCGGCGUUUGCCUGGGCAUGGACGUGAUCCUUGCUCUGCGCAAGCACUCGCAGAUGGAGAUCUGGAAGUUGUACAUGCACGAAGUGCGGGCCAGGACAAUCCAAUCUGCAAUCUCUAACUUGAAUGUGAUACAGUUCCCCUUCUGCGUGGUGUGCCUCGAAGACUUUGAGAAGUUCGGGAUGAUCCUCCGGCACGAGAACAUCCGAGAUCGUGGCCUCCUCCAUAGCGUCGACACAGCCCAGGAGGCGGCUGAGUUCUGCAGGUUAGAUGGGGUGGCCUUCAUAAGCCACCAGUGGGCUGGAUUCAGCCAUCCUGAUCCCCAUGGGGAGAAGUACGCCGCUGUCGUGAGGGCCACCCGCGAACUCCAACGACGGGGCAUCAGGGCAAAUUGGAUAUGGAUGGACUACUGCUGCUUGCCUCAAGAGAACAAGGUUCAGCAGCAGAGUGCCAUCAACUCCAUGUUUGCCUACACCUCCUUCUGCACUUCUUUCAUUGCGCUGGCGCCUACGUGCAAGCAUGUCGACUCAGGUGAGGAGAUCACGGUUCACACAAAGCAGGAACGUCUCUGGUGCCGCCUAGAGCAGCUCUGCUUCGCCGUGAGCCGUGCCGGGUACAGCGAUGAGACGUUCGCGUACACCGCAGAGGAGGGCCUGAUCCAGGACGACCCGGUGGAAGAGGACAUCUUGAGCGUCAUGAACGGUACCAGCACUUGCUGUCAACUCUGCCACGCUGGCAGCAGCCCAUGCGACAAGCAGCGCGUGGUUAGUGUGAUGCUGGGCGUCUACUGGCGCCUGCUUGUCCUCAAUCAGAAGAACGCAGGAGUGGCUGGCUGGGCGAGGCACCUUCUAGACAUCGUCGAGGCAGACGAGGGCCGGUUCUUCCCCGACAAAAUUAGCUUGCUGGACGAGGGCGGCGGCACGUACGAGGUUGAUCUUUUUGAAGGCUACCUCCCCGUCCUGCGCGAGAUGUUCGCGGAGGACCAGGGGCGGUUCCUCAAACACAGUGUCAGCGACCCCUGCGCAUUCGCAGGCACAACCUCUUCCACCAUGUCCAGAAACGUUCGAGUCGGUCGAUCCAACUCCACGAUGUCAAGGAUCUCGCAAAACACCUCGUGA